AUGACGCCAAAUGAUGUAGAGAAUGCUGGCAAUGUGGUGAUAGGUACCAUUUACAGCUUAUCAUAUAAUGUUAUAGUUCUUUUUGAUUCAGGUGCAAUCCACUCCUUUAUAUCUCAAGAAUUUGUUAAAUGGUGCGGAGUGGAGGCUCAACCGUUAGAGAUUGAGUUAUGUGUGGAUAUGCCAUCAGGGAUAGAUUGGUUGGCAUCCAAUUUUGUGAGCAUUGACAGCUGUAGGAAGGAAGUAGUGUUCAUGCGUCUUGGAGAACAGGAAUUUCUAUUUAUUGGGUCAUGUGUGCGUUCUGCACCACGGAUCCUCUCCGGGAUGCAGGUGAGACAGCUAGUUCUGGAGGGUUGUCGGGGAUACCUGGCGAAUGUGAAAGAGUCACCUAAGAAGGGAUUGAAGUUGGAGGAUAUCCCGAUGAUAAGGGAGUUCUCUAAUGUCUUUCCUGAAGACUUGCCAAGGUUGCCUCCAGAUAGGGAAUUGGAGUUUGCUAUUGAGUUAGCAUCAAGAAUGGCACCAAUCUCCAAGGCAUCUUAUAAGAUGGCUCUAGCUGAGUUGAAAGAGCUAAAGGAAUAG